AUGUCAGCGACCGAACCCACCAAGGAGCCUGCGAAGGAGGAGGUCGCAGAGCAGUCAACAGUCGCGCAGGCGCAAGUCGAUGGCAGCGGUGAGCCCGCCAAUGGCUCACCUCUGACCGAGACCGAGUACAAGGUCGAGGUGAAGCUGGCAGACAUGCAGGCGGACCCGAACAACCCUCUGUACUCGGCUCAGUCUUUUGAAGAGCUUCAGCUGUCCGAGGAACUGCUCAAGGGCGUCCGCAACAUGAACUUCCGGAAACCCUCCAAAAUUCAAGAGAAGGCCCUACCUCUACUCCUCAUGAACCCACCCACGAACAUGAUUGCGCAGUCGCAGUCCGGAACAGGCAAGACUGCUGCCUUCUCCCUGAACAUCCUGUCCCGCAUCGACCUCAGCAGAAACGAGCCACAGGCCAUCGCUUUGGCUCCCAGCCGAGAACUCGCUCGCCAGAUCCUGGGAGUCAUCACACACAUGGGACAGUUCAUGGAGGGCUUGAAGACUAUGGCUGCUAUUCCAGACCCAACCAAGAGGAACCAGAGGCUCGACGCGCACGUCCUCGUUGGUACACCUGGUACUGUCCAGGAGCAGCUCAAGCGCCGGCUUAUCAAGUCCGACAGCAUCAAGAUCCUUGUGCUCGACGAGGCCGAUAACAUGCUGGAUCAGCAGGGCAUGGGCGACCAAUGCACUCGUGUCAAGUCCCUUCUGCCAAAGAACAUCCAAACCGUUCUAUUCUCCGCGACAUUCCCGCCAGCCGUUAUAAACUAUGCCAACAAGUUUGCGCCCAACUCCAACGUGCUGACCUUGGCGCACGAAGAGCUCACUAUUGAGGGCAUCAAACAGCUGUACAUCGAUAUCGACAAGGACCAAGACAAAUACUCGACUCUUCUCAAGUUCUACGGUCUUAUGACACAGGCAUCGUCGAUCAUUUUCGUUAGAACCCGAAGGACUGCUGAGGAGCUCGAGAGGCGCAUGGUAGCGGAAGGUCACAAGGUCGCUCAACUAAGUGGUGCUCUAGAGGGUCAGGACCGUGAUCGCGUUAUCGAUCAGUUCCGAAGUGGUGAGGCAAAGGUGCUGAUCACCACCAACGUGCUUGCUCGUGGUAUCGACGUUGAGUCUGUGACUAUGGUAAUUAACUAUGAUGUUCCCACCAUGGCCGACGGCAGGGAAGCUGACCCUGAGACCUACCUUCACCGCAUUGGUCGUACUGGUCGGUUCGGACGUGUCGGUGUCGCCUUGACCUUUGUUCACGACAAGGCUAGCUGGCAGCAACUGCACGACAUCGCAUCAUACUUCAAGACCGACCUCCACCCCAUCGACACGUCCGACUGGGACAACGUCGAGGAGAUGAUUCAGAAGAUCAUCAAGAGCUCGCGAGCCGGCAAGAGCACCAAGGAGAUGACGGAGAUGAUUACCUCGUAG